AUGAAGACCGAGGCAAAACAGAUGAACUUUGCGGUAAGUAAAGACCUUCGAAACAUGAUCUAUCUUGUUGGUGGUAUCAUGUUGUGGGAACUUCCUUUGGUGAAUACGUCCGAUGAAGCUUUAUUGGUGUCUUUUUUUGAUAACGGCGACUAA